CUCGGUUCUGGUGAAGUUCCGGGUUACUGGCAUAUGCAUGAUUCUUUGCCAACAGUCUACAGCGGCACCAACACGACUGGUGUUUAUUGGAUUUGUCCUUGCCGUGGUCAUCGGUAAGGUGCCGUUGGAUUUGUAUAUUUCUCCUUGAAUCUCUAGAUCCAUUCUGAAGAACUAAAGGAGUGUUUUUUUCACCUCUGAACAUAUUAAAAUUAAAACUUCACUGGGGACACUGCAUUCUCUUCAAAGCGAACGUUCAGGAUGGCACUGUGUUGGUUACUAGUGAUUUGUGGGGCCCUCUGCCUAUCGACACGGCCUCUAUCGGCCACAGCACAACGUGUCGAGCAAACUGAUUCUGAGGAAGAUGGCAGAUUCCCGUGUGGCCAGCCACCAAGCAUCGAGAACGGCAGCUAUGAAACCUACAAUCACGGCGCUUCCAUUGCAUACCUCUGUGACGAUGGGUUCAUGAUGUACACGUUUGGUGGUCGCAAAAGACAUUGCCAAGACGGAAGAUGGAGUGGGAGCACCCCGAUCUGCUCGGCUGGUGGGUGUUCAGAGGAAGACGCGCCUACUGUAGAAAACUCCAGUGUACAGCGAUUCAACGGAGGCACGGUUCGGUUCCAUCGCUGUAAUGCUGGGUUCGAGCGCCAGUGGGGAGGUUCCAUGGUAAUCUACUGCGAUGGUGCUCGCUGGCGUAACGAGCCAGGACGGUGUGUGGGGGCUUUCUCAUCUCCGUGUGGACAAGCUCCACACGUUGAGAAUGCAAGACGGACCAAGCAUUCUAACGGACUGAUUACCUACACGUGUGAACCGGGCUACAGACGGAGACUGGGGGGAGGCAGCAUUCUAUGCAGUGCAGAUGAGCAAUGGAUCGGCUCACCAGGAGUAUGCACACGUUUAUUCUGA